CUGGCGGUCACCGACCUGUGGCAGGCCAUCAAGGAACUGGUGCCCAACAAGGUUCCCAGCGGUCAGCGGCUGGAGCGGCUGUCGGUUGCGGGGCGGCACCUGCUGCAGGCGGCGGUGUCGGUGGAGAUGUGGUACGGGGCGCAGGCGCUCAAACAACUCAAGGUUGUGUUGGCUAUCGACUGCGAGGUGGAGUACUAUGUGGUUUCGGAGCUGCAGCAGUGGGGCUUCUUCGGACUCAGCCCGGGCAACCUGGCGCUGCUGCCGCUGCCCAGGUUCCACGGCUUUGCGCAGGACACCCGCACGGGCCACCUGGCGCACGUGAAGGGC